AUGCAAAACGUAGAGUCGGUAUUAAGGGAGAAUAGCUUUGAAUGUAUGGAUAAUGUCGCUGGCAAUAUGAAACAAAUUUACGAAUUAUUAUUCAGCCAGAGUGGCCGUGAGCAAAUAGACGACUUAUUCGAUUUGUGUCAACCAUUUCCCAAUACUGUAAUGCCCAAAGAUAUUCAACACUUUUUGAGUAAUAUCUUUGAUACUUUUCAGUCGAUCGCCCAAUACAGUGGGGAUAAUCGAUCUGCUCGAACAGGACGAAGCACGACUAAUGGACUUGGCAUUUCUAUGGCUUGUACAAUUAUGAGAACAUCAGUGAGAGGUUGGAUGCGGCAGUGUUGCACAGAACUUGGCUAUCUGCAAACUACUGACGAUGGACAGAGUAUUUUUGGUUCCUCAGUAACUUUAGACUUUUUUGUUGAUAUGUGUAUGGAUAUGUUUGGGGAUGAUUAUGAUGCAAAGUUUAUUGAAGAAGGCGCUGAUCGAGUCAACAAGCAGCUAGGUGGCUCUCCAACUUUUCACGCAAGCAAUGCAAUCCUUCCUCAUGGGGAAAAUGACCCUUGGAAAUCAGCAGGUUAUCAAAUGAACGAUGCGAGUAGCAAUUUGUAUUCAUUCAUAAUUGCAGUUGCUCAAAUGCUCUUCAUUCUUCUCACGUUCAACUUCUGCAUUUGCAUAUCACAACCAACAAAUCAUUGGCAAUCACAAUUUUUAAACCUUGAUGGUCGCGCACCCCAAUUUGCUGCACAAUUUUCAAGCUUCCCGCUCUUUGUGCCUCCACCGCCUCCACCACCUCCACCUCCACCACCUCCACCUCCACCACCUCCACCACCUCCACCUCCACCACCUCCACCA